GGAGGCAGCACAGCAUUGAUUUACUUUGCUGUGCUCAAGAAGUCGCCUCUGCAACAAAAGUUUUGUUUGGGGAGUAACUUGUUAUUUUAAUGGUUGCGUUAAUGUAUCCCGUCUUUUAGACCACAGAGACCAACCUUGAGGACUCAGUGUUGGUUCCCUGAGCUCGUUUCUCAUUGUAAAUAGAAGUAAACUUCCAGCUCAAUGUGGGAGCCCUAUGGAGUUUGCGUUGAUACAGAUGAGACACGAUGCUAGCGAGCUAACGUUACUAAGGAAAUGAUGAGCUAUAACGUCAUCCACUGAAGAAUAGCAACAGGUCGAUCCACUGACAUGGAGGGCAACGGCGAGAUCAGUGACACUGACAGCGGCAUCAUCCUUCAUUCAGGCUCUGACAGCCCAAUGAUGCAUACGAAGGAUGUGACCACACACACUCGGGCCAUGAAGCUCAAACACCAAGCUCUCCAGGACCGACUCAAGCUCUGCCUACUGGAGUUGAAGAAACUCUGCAUACGAGAAGCUGAGUUGACAGGCCGGCUGUCAGAUGAUUACCCUUUGUUGCUAGGAGAGAAGUCUCCGCAUAUUCGCAGACGUAUUGGAGCUACGUUUAAACUGGACGAACAAAGCUUCCCUCGAGGAGAAGAGGAGUCACAACUGAGUUUAGUGGAUGCUGAGUUGGCGCUUCAGAUGAAGAUAUACGAGGCAGCGCGAAAGCUCCGCGAGGAGGAUCACCUGAGUAAGGCUGUUAAAAAGAGCCGGUCACGGCAAUGCAAGAUAGAGGAGAAAAAACUCAAACGGCUGCAGGAGAUGGCUUUUCAGCUACGACUGGAGCACGGCCGAUCAUCACCACUCCCUGCUUUUAAUAUUGCACAACAUGAUCUGGGUACAUCUGAUGACAGCUCUCUAUCUGAUUCUGUAGUGCAAGAUGAAGAGGUGACCAGUCAGUCAUCACAGCUGUCCUCUGGACUCCCCGACCAAGGAGAGACCCAUCCUCCCCAGCCUCCUGCGUCCUCACAGUCCUUCAUCGACGGCCCCUACAUGUCUCCAUCUGUGGCUCCACCAAUCCUGCCGUUGACCCCAAGCCAGUCUCCCGAUCCGAUUCUUGACUCUAUACUGAGUUUAAACUCAAGCCCUGUAUGUGACCUUCCUCCCAUCCAGCACUCCCCGUGGACAGAGACUAGUCUCGACCAACCUUACCAGAAGAGCAAGAAGUCACGCUCCUCCAGCAAGACAAGCAGUCCAGCCAAAAGUGAAUCGUUGCCACCGUUGGAGGCUUGCUUCGCGUCCCAUCUGAGGCUGAGCCGCUCUCAGUCGAACAGCACACCUUCCACACCAGAGAUGCGAGUGCACAGACAACUCUCCCUCAGAGUAUCCAACCCUGAAUCUUCAUCUGAAAAGGACCGUGGUCGCACCAGAGGUCCAAGGAGGCGACUGACAGAUUAUGCAAUGACUUUACCAGAGACUCUUCCCCCCGCGGUGAACUAUGGAAACCACAUUAACUCUGAAGAGAGCAACUCUGAAUACUCGUUUACAUCUUACAACAGCUCACCAUGUCAGGAGAUGCCCUGUGAUACGCCCAAACAAUAUCAGUCUGCACUAGCGCAUUCUGGACCUGUUGGCAGCUAUGCACCUCAAGCCUUCGCACGCACUGGCUUUUACCAUAAUCCCAGGAACCAGUCCAGCCCCAGGUUUCACAAAGCCUAUUACAAUGAGGAAAUGGUCUACCAAAAUGAUCUGGAGUUGGCACGGAGCUAUUACGCCCAGCAGGCUCCCUGUCCUUCCAACAGAUAUGAGUAUUACUAUAAAGACACUGCUGUGCCCCACCAAAGAGCACAGAGGGCUUUACCCCCUGAGGUCCGACUCUCCCCCUCCCCGGCUCAAUGGGACCAUCCACAGUACCGCUCCAGUGGCCUCCCACAACAAGUAGUGAAUGAACAGCUUAAGUCAUGGCACCGGCGGAGUCAGCUCAAAUGCCCUAGGUCUCGCUCUCUUGACAGACAGGGAGCAGUCAGAGUCAAAAACAUGUCCACUCGGGAGGCGACCUUCCACCAAAAUCAGAAUUACCAUGAACAGGUUAUCCAAAGAAGGGCUCUUCAAAGAGCUGCAGAUGACACUCAAGCACACUGGGUUGUAGAUGAUGGCUCUCACUUUGUAAGUCAGGUGUAAACCGAGGCCGCCUCAGGCCGCAAACUGAACAUUGUCAACUCAGAAGCUGCAACUGCAUUCAUUCCCAAUUAACCAAAGUGAAGUUGUCAGAUAAUCAAGUCGAAUUAACUGUUUAUUCCUACAAACAAGACACAUGUUUACCUGUAUUUGGACAUAGAGGGGGAAUGUAAAAGAAAUUCAAAUCUUUCAAUAUAAUGCAAUAUAGUAAAACAAUAACUACAACCACCAAAGUUACUGUAUUGUUGUACAUCUCUCUGACAGUCACAGCAGAGCAGUUGUAUUGGACACAACUGUAAAGUGUACCUGUUGUUUUUUUGUUGACUCUCUAUAUUGUUUUGAACUAACAGUUACAAAUUAAGCAUUGAACUGAGUGCUUGUUAGUGAGGGCUGAUUAAACCUGCGACUGUAAAUCUGCUGCCAGCUCAAAAUUGAAAACUCAGUUUCUCAAAAAACUAAUCUUAUCAUCAGUAGAGAGUUUCUGUGUCAAUUACAAGGUUAUUAUGAUAUGGGGAGCAAUUGUAAAUGAAAUUACAAUUGGCAGUAGUAAAACAGAAAUGUCCAACAAAAGUUCACAUAGUCGUCCGAUUGUGAGAAAUGUGAAUGUUUUAAAAGUUACUUUUUACUUGCAUUUAGGUCGUUGUUGAAGUUGAUCUCAGAUGAAUUGUGAUUUAUUUCAAAAUAGCCACAUGUAAAGCCAUCAAGAAAACUGCUGUAGGUACUUAAUAAUACAACAUAGUACUGCAAUAGAUGUGACUAUCUGUAGCCACAAACACUGCCAUUAAUGCACAUUUCUGUGAGGAUGUGCUCAAGACAGAACUAUAGUUCUUGCAGUUUGGUGGAUGGAGAAUACAGUGCUUCUUUUCACCGGCUGCAUUAAGGACCUUAAUGAAUUGGGAGAUAAUGUAAAUGAGUAACAUAUCCUUUGUUAACUACAUUUUGUGUAUAAUUGUGCCAUGGUGUGUCACCAUGAUAAUGAACUUGAGCUGCUUGAAUUUAAGAUCCCAGUUUUGUCCUUGUGUACUUUUGCAGGCUAAUUCUACUUGUUUUUAUACUUGUUCUUUGUCUGUGGCUCUGCCAGUUAACUUGAAUUUCUAAUGGAUUUACUCAGCUAGUUGAAACUAGAUAUUAAUUUACUCACAUGAGUUACAAUGUAGCACAUUUAAGUCUUGAUGCUUGGCAGCUAGUAAUGUGUUCACUUGAGAUGUACAUGUCCUGAGCUUCUUGUUGUUCGAACCGAUACAAUUUCACUGCCAAUAUGUGAUUUACAAUCAAGUCCACAAUCAAACAACCUUUUGAUGGUAGAUCAUUUGAGAAUGAGAGCAAAUUACUGCAAAUUCAAUAACCGCUACACACUGACUGGUCUCUCAGUGAUCUAUGUAUGCAUUUAUUUAUUGUGAUGUGCACCAUUGGACCCAUCGAAAGUCAGACUUGAAAUAAAAGAAGACAUGGACCUGAGUUUGCAAAAAAAGUUUAGUCUAUUUGUAAAAAACAAAAAAACAGACCACAAUCAUGUUACCUUGUUUGCCUCUUUUUUUUUUACUGUCUUUUUUAUUUAUCAGUUGAAUUAGUUUAAGUGGACUUAAUUUUGUUAUGUUGAUUAAUCUGUGAAAAUGUUAACCCUGUGGAAGAAAAUAAAAGAGUAAUGUUUGCAUAG